AUGGAUACAAUUCCUGCUGAUAACUUCACAGUGGAAUUACAGCAGCUUGAUACUACAUCUCGGGCCGAGAGGGCAAAAUGGCUGCUGAAUUCUCCUGAACCACCGAGUUUAUGGCAUAAAAUCACCACCUUGUUAAGAGACACCGUUUCGCCACUUGGAAACAUACUCUCUUCAUCUGCAGACCGACCGAAAGGAGGCACUGGCACUGUUGUUUGUUUCUUGCAAGGCCUUUUUCCAAUCCUUAAGUGGGGAAGGAAUUACAAAGCUGCACAGUUCAAGAAUGAUUUUAUGGCUGGCUUAACUCUUGCAAGUCUCUGCAUUCCUCAGAGUAUUGGAUAUGCAAAUCUAGCCAAACUUGAUCCUCAAUAUGGCCUAUACACGAGCGUAGUCCCACCUGUGAUAUACGCUUUAAUGGGGAGUUCGAGAGAGAUUGCCAUAGGUCCAGUUGCUGUGGUUUCGUUGCUGCUCUCUGCAAUGAUUCAGAAUAUAAUAGAUCCUUCUCUUGAUCCAACCAAUUACAGAAGACUUGUUUUCACUGUCACCUUCUUUGCGGGUACCUUCCAAGCCAUGUUCGGUAUAUUCAGGUUGGGUUUUCUGGUGGAUUUUCUGUCUCAUGCUGCGAUGGUUGGGUUCAUGGGAGGUGCAGCCAUUGUAAUUGGGCUCCAGCAGUUGAAAAGUUUACUGGGAAUUAAUUAUUUAACGACAAAAACUGACGUCGUCUCUGUGUUGGAUGCUGUGGUCAAAUCGCUUCAUCAUCCAUGGAAUCCUUUGAAUUUUGUCCUUGGAUGUUCAUUCCUCAUCUUCAUCCUAGUCACAAGAUUUAUCGGCAGAAGGAAAAGAAAACUUUUCUGGUUACAAGCCACGGCUCCUCUUUUCUCAGUAAUAUUAUCCACUUUAAUCGUUUACUUGACGAAAGCAGAUAAGCACGGCAUCAAAAUAGUAGAACACUUGAAAGGAGGCCUCAAUCCAAGUUCAGUUCAUCAAUUGCAGUUUGGAUCUCCACAUGUUGGAGAAGCUGCAAAAAUUGGAUUAAUCUGUGCCAUUAUUGCUCUCACCGAAGCCAUUGCAGUUGGACGAUCUUUUGCAUCACUUAAAGGCUACCAAUUGGAUGGUAACAAGGAAAUGGUUGCCAUGGGCUUCAUGAACAUUGUGGGAUCUUUAACAUCAUGCUAUGCUGCAACUGGUUCCUUCUCGCGUACUGCUGUGAAUUUCAGCGCGGGUUGCGAAACAGUGGUAUCAAAUAUAGUUAUGGCAAUUACAGUGCUUAUAUCCCUACUAUUUUUGACAAAGCUAUUGUACUACACUCCAAUUGCUAUCCUGGCUUCAAUAAUCUUGUCUGCUCUUCCUGGACUUAUUGACUUGAAAGAAGCUUAUAAUAUAUGGAAGUUGGACAAGCUGGAUUUUCUUGUCUGCAUUGGUGCCUUCUUUGGUGUCUUGUUCGGCUCGGUUGAGAUCGGUCUUCUUGUUGCGGUUAUCAUCUCAUUUGCUAAGAUAAUUCUGAAUUCUAUCCGACCUAGUACAGAAGAACAAGGGAGACUUCCAGCAACAAAUAUCUUUUGCGACAUCACCCAAUUUCCGAUGGCCACUAAAACAUCCGGCAUGUUAAUAAUUCGUGUUGAUUCGGGAACACUUUGUUUUGCAAAUGCUAAUUUUAUCAAAGAAAGGAUCUUGAGAAGAGUAGUAGAUGAGAAUGAAGAAAAUACAAAAGAGCGAGUUGGUGUGUUGGUCCUAGACUUGUCCAAUGUAAUGAAUAUUGACACUUCCGGGAUUCUAGCUCUAGAAGAACUGCAAAAGAAACUGACUUCACAAGCCAUCGAAUUAGCAGUGGCCAAUCCAAGGUGGUCCGUCAUUAACAAAUUAAAGUCGGCCAAAUUUAUCGAUAAAAUUGGAGCAGGUCGGGUCUUCCUCACCGUAGAUGACGCUGUGGAUGCUUUCCGUCACCUCAGAAUGACUGCUCUCAGCAGCUGCUGA